AUGUUGAAGCCCUUCCAAAUCAGAAACCUUCAGGUAUCCACUCAGCAAGAACCCGAGCAGGUUGCGGAUUCUCGUGCACCUGCAGGAGUGGUCCAGAUCUCUGCCACAGAUUACGAUGAUUUAGCCUCAAACCAUCCCCGGGCUAGGUUGACUUAUAUGGAUGACGAUGAUGAUGAUGACGAAACAAUCACCGUUGGAUCCGCUCUUGAGCUCUCCCAGCGCCUUGAGGAGCCCCUAGACACUAAUACACAGCUUGACCCUGUCGAACAUUCUCUCGGUGACAUCAGUCCGAUGCACAUAUUUGAUAUUCGCCGAUCAAACUCCGUGACCGAGUUGUGGAAGCGAUUUGAACACAACGUUCCGAAACAAGACUCGGCCGGUAAGCAGAACGGCACACAAGCUACUUCUAAGGCUAUUGUCCUCGAAGAGCAACAUGAAGUCCCGGUUCCUCACAUCACUACCUCGCCAUCGGUCUCUGCGGACCAGCCUCGGCCUCUUAUGGAGGCAUUUGAGGCCGAGCUAGCAGAGAUGCUCAAUACUGCUGAGCCCUCGGAGAGUCGAGUACCUGAACCUAACUCACCACCGACUACUGAGCCAUCAGCCAACACAAACUCAGGGCGAUCUCCUCAUCCCGUUGAGAUUCUAGCGACACAGGUCCUAGACCAGUUGAUUCAUGGGGCUACUAUGGUACAAUCUGAAUGGAGAUCAAAAAUUCCUGAGCUACAGCGACAACUACAGAACGCUCAGAGACAAUUUGAGACCGCACAGAGAUCCCUACCUGAGAACGUGGAAGCGUCAUUGCGGACACUACUCGCCACCGUUGAAGCUCACCUAAGAACGGCGUUUAAUAAUCUCCCAGAUGGAGGAAGACAAAUGGCAGAGGAUGCCUUCCAAGCAGGAAGGCCUGUCGCUGAGAAUGCCGCUGAUGGUUUUCGUAUGAUGGCCUCCGAACUCAACGAGGUCGGAAGAACAUUAUUUGCCGCAUUUGAAAGCGAGUUUGGGCGCGCUGCAUCAACGGCCUCUACGUCGACCUCGACUUCCGAGGUGCCAAACCCUGGACCAUCCGGGCCAUUCUUUAACACUGCUACAAACAAUGGAUCUACGGCUCCGGGCAAUAUGUAUCCCCCGAAAUCAAGCGCAAAUACUUCAAGCACAGCCACAAACGAGAAAUCAACAGCAGCCCCAGGCCAAUUCAACCCAUCUCAUACUGCACAAGCAGGGGUACCCCCCAUCCAAAGUCACCAUGGUCAACCCAUACCACUUCAAUCAAAUCAUUGGGCACCUCCUUCGUGGCCUGCUCCAUUCUGGAAUCCAUUCCAAACAUAUCAUGCUCCCCCGCCUCCCUGUCCUCCUCUGCCACCGACAUCGAUGUCGAAUUUCACUUACUGGCCGCAAGGACCGCCUGCGCCUGCACCUCGGCCUCCUCCUGCGUUCAAUGCCCCGUUGAAUGCUACACACGCAUCACAAAUCAAGUCUGGAGAGUCGAAAAACAAUCCAGCAACUAAAUCCUUGUUCAUUGGGAAUGUUGGUUUCAAGGUCACCGACAAGAUGAUACAGGACGUGUUUGCUGCCAAGGGAUUCCUAGUCAAGGUGGAUCUCCCGCUAGAGGCCGCAUCGGGAAGACAUGCAGGCUUUGGCUACGUUCAUUUCCCCUCGGACUAUCCGGCUUUUGCUGCAAUGGAAGCAUUGCAAGGUGCUGUCAUUGACGGCCACUCGAUAAACCUUGAGCCUAUGUAUCAUCCCCCCAUCGAAAGUGUGCGUCCGGCGCAGUUUUCACCCAAUACCAGUACAACCACCCACGAUACUCAGGCAGAUCUUUCUCAGGCUGAGAUGAGCGUUGUAAACAAUGCUCCCUCUGAACUAAACAGUACCACAUCGGGACCCUUUGCGUCCCCGCUUGCUGUCAAGUCUCAAAAGAGUCCAUCCCAGCCUAGCAAAACAGAUAAUCGGAGAAAGUCUGUCAGUUUCGUAGACCUCACGCAAGAUGUUGAUCAUGUUCAAGCUCAGACGGAAUCUUCCGCACUACUUGACUCUCCCAGCGAUGAUCCUGCAUUCAGCGCACGUUUUCCGUCGCUUUUACCCGAGACGAGCGCACAGCAUAAGGCACCAUUGAGCGGUCGGGGUGUUUCCUUGUAUUCGCACACGGAGUCUCGUUUCCCACCUGUGUCUCAAUGGGAGGCCCAACUUCUUGCAAAUCGGCAGGAACGCCGUGGAACAGAACCUACAGCUGGCGACCCAAAGUACCCUAAAGGACCUUCCACUCACAGUUUACCCUUGCAUCCUGCACCGAAGGCGCUUGGUCGAUCUCAACCAGCUUCUCGUCUAGAUGCAGUCGCCAAUCCAUCAUCGGUCAUCGAUGCUGGACAUGCCAAAGAACCUGCGCGACCAAUGGUGAAUCUCAGUAGCCCCCAGAAUGCGGCCAAAUUGAAGCGUCGAGCCACUGAGCACAAAAAUCAUAAACCAAAUCAUCGACACGCUACUGAGACUGACCGUCAAAAUUCCCUCAAGCAUUCUGCAAGUAUGCGUCAUCUUGGUGAUAGAUCGCAUGGUUCUACAGAAACAGACACAUGGGCGCGUCUGUCUAGGAGAGAACGGAAUGGUGCUUCUUCCCACGAGCAGAUUCCCGGAAGCUUCCCGGUGGAAGAUGCAACGAGGGCCGAGCUUCCUAGUGCUCUUGAUACCAGUGUUUCUGAGUCUGAUGAUGCGGCAGUCGAACGAUGUGUCUCUGCCCUUGUCGACAUGGGCUACGGCGCUGGACAGGAGGGCGGACGGUCGAGGAUGGCUGUGUAUGCGGCUAUGGCAAAUGGUGACCUCAUGGAUGCGAUUGAUAUGAUUGAAGAGGAAAGAUCGAUCUAUGAACGACGGCCUUCGCAGUGA